AUGAAAAAGGCUAUCGCGGAUGUUUGGCCUGAGUCGAGGCAUCGGUUAUGUAUGUGGCAUAUCAUGGAUAAACUCACUACUAAGGUCGGGGCUGCCCUAUGUUCAAAUACAGAUUUCAGGAAAAGAUUGUCUGCAGUUGUUUGGACUGAUUCUCUAUUGCCCGAAGCGUUUGAGGCUGAAUGGGCAGCUAUUAUUCAUGAUUUCGGUUUAACCGACCAUGAAUGGCUGACGUAUAUAUACGGGCUACGUGAAUCAUGGAUUCCAGCUUACUAUCGCGAAGAAGAAAUGUCUGGUCUUAUGCGGACAUCAUCUGGGUCCGAAAGCGAGAAUCACUUUUUUGGCAAGAUUAGCAACCCAAAGUGUACGUUGGUUGAAUUUCUUAGCCACUUCGAUACGGCUAUUGAAGCGCAAAGGCACGAGCAUUGGAAAAACGAUCAUGACACUCGAUACACCAACCCUGGAGAGUGGAGUGAUUUUGUUCUCGAAAAGCAAGCAGCUCAGAUAUAUACCAGAACUUUAUUUUUGGAUGUUCAACUCGAGAUUCAACAUGCUAUUCAUCGUUGUACUAGUGUCAGAUUAGAUCACGUCGGUGAUUUCAUUAAGUUUUUUAUAAAGGAUCUCGACCAGCCAUGUUCUUCGUUAUUCGAGGUUAUGAUACGCGAGGAGGAUAUUACUGUUAAGUGUAUCUGCAACAGGUUUGAGCAGUUUGGAUUGUUGUGUAGUCACAUUUUUUGCGUGUUACGGAUUCUUGAUAUAAGGGAGUUUCCGAAACAAUAUAUAUUGAGGCGUUGGACGCGUGAAGCUGUUCCAAAUAGUUCCCCCGGGUCCAUUCUUACGGAUGGUGGAGAUCCAGAUCGUAGUGAGGAGGUUAACCGUUGUGUUCGUGAGAUUAGUCACGCAACUGAGUAUGUUGUGAACAAGUUGAUAUCAAAAUUUGAUAAGUUGUCUGAUUUUUGUGACCAUAUCAAGCAGUUUAUAGUAACGUGCUGGAAAUACACCGUGGGUGUGCCUGAGGCAGGUGCUUCGCGGAAUUCUGGAGGUAAUGAAGAUACAAUUCGCGAAGGAGAUGCUGCUUUGGUUGUUGAAGGUGAUGGUCCUGGUUCGAACGAUGAUGACGAUGUGUUUUACACAUCUGGAAACGAUGCAGAUAUGGAUGAUGAGGACAUGGCAGAGUAG